AUGGCGAUUCCUCGGUUUGUUGUGCUGAGAUCAAACGGUGACAAGUAUUUGCGUUAUACUAAAGAAGGGGAGUAUAUGAGAUACGUUAAAUGCGACGGAAAUGAUAUUCUUGAUCCCCUAUCCAAGUUUAGAGUGGAGAAAUCAACGAGCAACCCAGAUUUAGUGCACAUAAGAUGCUGUUACAACAACAAAUACGUUGCUCGCAUUGAGGCAGGGUCGCUUUAUGUGGGAGCAGCAAUUGAUGCGGCGGAGGAAGACCAAUCCAAAUGGUCGUGCACGCUGUUUAAACCGGUGCUCAAAGAUGGCGUAACAUAUCGUUUCCAGCACGUUCAGACCGGAAACAAUCUCUGCCAUUUGCGAACGGGGGGCGCUGCUAAUGAUCACUGCUUAGUUGUCCAAUGGUCUGACCCCGACAAAAAUGGAUGGGAUUUCUUCCAAAUCACCGACUGGGAAUCGCUGGUCAUACUGCCCAAAUAUAUAGUUUUCAAGGGAGACAACGGCAAGUAUUUACAAUACCGCGGUGAUGGUAGCGAUUAUCAUAUGGAAUUUAGGUGUGAUGAUAUUGGUGCUAUUAAAGUUUCCAACCAAACUGUUACAAACUCUGACGGCAGCGUCUGUUUUAGGCUCGAUUAUACUAACAAUUUCUGGGAGGCAAGUAGAAAUUGGGUAUAUCCGGUCGCACCAAACCCAGACACGUCAUUUUGGCCGGUGAAGCUUGCGCCAGUUGAAGGCAAAGACAAUAUUAUCGCUCUCAAAUGUUUAAGCAAUGACAGAUUUUGCCGUCGAACCGAUUACGGGGGGACUGUAAAUUGUCUGGCAGCUGCAUCCUGGGCGACCACUAUAGACAAAGAGGCGAAUCUGCAGGUGGAAGAGCCAUUGCUGAGUAGGGAAGUAUAUGAUGUUAAUUUCCGCCUGGAUGACCUGAGGGUAUACAACGAACAAAUUCUAGUCCUGUCAACCGACGAAACCAGCAACACAACAGAUACCGUUAUAAACGAUUCUGAACUGAAUCUGGAGUACAAGGACACAAAGAGUAGCAGUUAUUCGAAUAGCCAAUCGGUAAAAACGAGUGUCGCAAUGGGAUUCGAAGCGAACAUUCCACUCCUUGAAGGUGCAUUAUCGCUUGGAAUAUCUUCUAGCUUCUCCGUAGAGUUCGGGAGUACAUACUCAUGGGGGGAGGAGAAGACAAAGACCAACAACUUAUCUGCAGACAUCAAAGUUGUAGUGCCUCCCAAGACAAAAGUGACUGUAGAUCUGGUCGCCACCAAGGGAUUCUGCGAUGUUCCAUUUUCUUAUGCCCAACGAGACACUCUUACCAGUGGCCAACAGUUUACUUAUAUUAAAGAUGACGGUGUUUAUACAGGAAGCAAUUACUUUGGAUUCAACUUUGUGGUCAAGGAGGAGCCAACUUCCGGCUGA